UCUCGAGCGGAAGAGAAAGAUCGGAUUCAGAAUUUCAGAUCGGCAUCGGCACCCAUCCACCAUCGCCACCUUCCUUCCUUCUCAGAUCAGAAUUACCAGAUCCCGAUAGAGAGAGAGAGAGGGAGGCCAUGGCCACCGCCUUUGAUUCCCCUACCGCCUCGCCCGCCGCCUCUGCCUCUCCCUCUCCCUUCGACGACGACUCCUUCCUCCGCUUCGACGCCGCCGCGCCCGCGCCCGCUCCCGCGCCCGCGCCCGCCGACGCCUUCCCGCCCUCGCCGGAGCCCUACGCCUUCCGCCCCGACGUGCCCUCCCCCUUCGGUAUGCCCGAGUCCAACGGCGCCCUCCACGACGACCCCUUCGCCGCCCCCGACAACGGACCCGUCCUCCCUCCUCCCAACGAGAUGGGCGCUGACGAGGGCGUCUUGCUGCGCGAGUGGCGCCGUCAAAAUGCAAUCCUUCUGGAGGAAAAGGAGAAGAAGGAAAAGGAGAUGAGGAAUCAAAUCAUCCUUGAUGCCCAAGAAUUCAAGAAGGCGUUUGUUGAGAAACGGAAGCUUAACGUUGACACAAGCAAAAGCCAAAACCGAGAAAGGGAGAAGCUUUUCCUCUCCAACCAGGAGAAGUUCCAUGCUGGCGCAGACAAGCAGUACUGGAAAGCGAUAUCAGAACUAAUCCCACAUGAGAUUGCAAAUAUUGAGAAGAGGGGAGCAAAGAAAGAUAAGGAUAAGGAGAAGAAGCCUGGGAUUGUUGUGAUCCAGGGUCCAAAGCCUGGGAAGCCCACUGACAUGGCACGGAUGCGUCAGAUAUUGUUGAAGCUGAAGCACACUCCCCCUCCACAUAUGAAGCCCCCUCCCCCUCCCGCUGCAGCCGCUGGUAAGGAUGGUGCUGCAGGAAAGGAUGGAGCGAAGGCAGCAGCGGCACCUAGCAAGGACGCCCCUGCCAAUGGCAGUGUUCCCGAGAUGGAGAAGGCCGCAGCUGCAGCAGCGCCUGCAGCAGCAGCAGCUGAGCCCAUUGCUGCAGCCUGAGUGACGACGUCUUGGCUCCAGCUGCUAAUGGUUUGCUGUAGGACCAGGGGGGAGAAAAAUAUCAGGCAUGGAUACGCACCACGGAUGAUUUAGUGUUUGUUCUGUUAAGAAAGGUUUGUGUUGGGACCUUAAUUCGUUGCUACAUAUAUUGUUAUUAUUGCAUUUUGUAGAGGAGGUGAGGGGAUAUAUAUCCUGGUAAUAAUAAAGGUAAAUCUGUUGUAUUAGGAUGUGCAUGGUUGUGUGAUGUGAAGUUGUUGUACUAUUUCCCAGGCUAUUGGUUUUUGGUAAACUCAUCUGUGUAUUUUAUUUGCAUAUAUGAUUUUUUAAAUAUU